CGACAACAAGUCUUCUCUUCUUAAAACUUCAAAAACAAUUUCCUAAGGUUUUUUUUUUUUUUUUGUGUUUGUGUCAUAAACAAAUAAAUUUCACAUAGUUAUUUUUAGUUCAAAAUUCACCCUCAGUGUUUUAGUGUCCCUUCCUUCGAGAUGUCCCUGUUCCUGCUGUACACCCUUUGUCUGGGCCUACCCCUACUAGGGGUUCUCGUGGCCUUUAUUUUUGGACCGCUAACGACAAUGCUUCAGACUCUAGCCAGGAGAGAGAGCAAUCGUUUGGCCUUGGUGCCCAUUACCCCGAGAGCCAUACAGCCUGUGCCCUAUGAUCCCUUGGAGGCCUCGUCCUGGCACAAAGGUAUACGCGCUCACAUCCGCUAUUUGGCUAGAUACGUUCAUGUUCCGCCGGAUCUGGAUGAGGGCGGCAUGCCGGAGGAGCUGCAUUGCCAACUGCUGGUCCUGGCCAUGUUGCAGAAUCUUUUUCGAACGGGACGUCUGCAGAGACCCACCGUGGAUGCCACGCAGUCUGUCUCGGAUAUAGUUUCGGUUACACCUCGCGUUCGUAACCAGAAUCGCUGAUGAUAUUAAGGAGGAGGAGGAGGAGGAGUAGAAAUCCACCAUCAUCAUCAUCAUCAUCCAUUUCCGCCUGUAUUACAUUUGAAGCCUAAUAAUCAUUUCGUGGGCUUGGGCCCCUAAUAGCAUUUUAA